AUGUCCGCGCAUUUGGCCGCGUGCGUGCAAGACUAUCUUGUCAACAUGCUGAACCUUGCCAAUCAAGACGCGAUCGAGACGACCCUUGCGAUUGCGUGGUGCGAGGGCGACCGUAAGGCUGGGCUGGGCUGUACGGAGGCUCAGCCAACAGUCACUCGCUGGCUAACCCUCGUCCUGCACGACGGCCGAGACCACGCUGAACACAAGACUCUGGCUCAUCUGUACCAUCACCACCCGCACCCUGCCUCUGUGCCGGAUUUGAAGGUGGCGCCAAGCCUUUACGGCCGGACAAAAGGCGGAACACGGUUUUCACUGCGCACUGCCUCUGACGAUCUAGCAGAUCACCCGUACAGCCAAGCACAACGUGGCGAGGAGGCCACUCGGGUGAUCGAGCAGUGA